CUGGGCGUGUGCUGUGCUCUAAGCGCCCUCUUCUUCCUCCUCUACACACACGCGCGCACACGCGCUUUUUGCCCAUCGACGCACACCGGCAGCUCGUUGUUCGUUGUUUGUGUUACGCAUCUGUUUCAGUGAAAGUGUAGCGCGCUGGAAAAAGACAAACGCACAGCGACCGUGUACAGCAGUGCUAUGAGUGAAUCAGCGGGAAGGAUGUCGACAUAUUAUUGACGUGUGUGCUGCGUCCUGUCGUCGAGACGAGCGCCGUGUGUUUUCCUUUGAGUCCACAGCAGUGACAAUGACGGAGUAUAAGUUAGUGGUGGUUGGUGCAGGUGGUGUGGGCAAGAGUGCUUUGACCAUCCAGCUCAUUCAGAAUCACUUCGUUGAUGAAUACGACCCAACCAUUGAGGACUCAUACAGGAAGCAGGUGGUGAUUGAUGGAGAAACAUGUCUGUUGGAUAUCCUGGAUACUGCAGGUCAGGAAGAGUAUAGUGCAAUGAGAGACCAAUAUAUGAGGACUGGAGAGGGUUUUCUGUGUGUCUUUGCCAUCAACAAUACCAAGUCUUUUGAGGACAUUCAUCAAUACAGGGAACAGAUUAAGAGGGUCAAAGACUCUGAUGAUGUGCCUAUGGUGCUUGUGGGUAAUAAAUGUGAUCUACCAGCCCGUACUGUGGACACGAGGCAAGCCCAGGAACUAGCUCGUAGUUAUGGUAUACCGUACAUUGAAACUUCUGCAAAAACAAGACAGGGAGUGGAAGAUGCCUUUUACACACUUGUCCGGGAAAUUAGGCAGCACAAGCUGAGGAAACUAAAUCCUCCAGAUGACAAUGGCCAAGACUGCAUGAAUUGCCGCUGUGUGGUGUCAUGAUCUGUGCAUGUGCGUCACAUGGCUUUUAGAGCAGUGCAGCUUUCCAGACAGCAAAUGCUGCAACAACUUCACAGACGCUGGAUGUUAGAGCAGACUGUUUAUAAGGGAAACCCUUAUUCUGGCACUCCUGCAGUCUUCUUAGGAACAAUCCUGUCUCUCUUCUUCAUAACGGAGGAAAGAAGUUGUACCUCAAUUUAAUGGUCUCAACACUGGAGUUUGUACGACUGGAUGAAAGCUGCCACACUUAUAUUUAGAUUAAACCAUUCUAUCUACUCUUAACUGGAAGUAAUAAAUCAGAAAAUAACCUCAUGUAUUGCUUUGUCAGCUGUGGAUGUUAGUAAAACACUUAAAAAACGCACCAGUUAGUAUAUGUCUGAAUGUUGGAAAUAUAAUAUUUGUUUUGUCGUUUGUUUAGAGAAGGACAUCUAAUAAAUUGUAAAUAAUUGUUGGUGUUCUCUAGCAAAGAGGACAUUUAUCAAUAUGCAGUAUGUGUAUUGCAGGUUAUGGUGCAAUAGAUUGUGAUGUAAGAUUGAUUAUAAGGUACACUUAUGAUACAGUAAGUUGAUUUGCACACGUUAUAAGACGCUAUAUGAAAUGACAGACAUUCUUGGCCUUUGUUUUUAAUGGUCUUCAGUUUGUGCCUUGAUGAAGUAUCCAGAUGUGAUGCUUUUAAAUGACUGUAUUGGACACGUGUAAAGUUAAAAAAAGAACAGAUUUAUGGUCUUAUUAAAGAAUAAUCACAUAUGUUGGUAAACUAUCACAUAGCUACCUUAAAAAAAGUGAAACUACAACAUUUCUUGAUAUUUUACUCAGCACUGUGCUGUUAGGAUGUUUUUCAAGGGCAUGAGCUUGAAUUCUUUGGACAUAAAGAUUGCAACACUA